AAAUCUAACUGUUAGAACGUACACGAACCGGACCAAGUGAGCAUCGAUUGCUCUCAUUGGCUGUACUGUAAGCCAAUAAAGAACAUUAUUGUACGCAUGUCCUCUGUUGUCCAUGUGAGCUGCGUAGCUGUUAACUGCAAGCUAAACAAGAAAACAUGCUUCGUCGAGAGGUGAGACUGAGGAGGGAGUACCUGUACAGGAAAGCACAGGAGGACAGACUGCGAACCAUCGAGGAGAAAAAACAGAAGUUGAAGAAAGCACUUGAAGAAAAUAGUCUUCUUCCGACUGAGGUCCGCAAAGAAGCGCUGCAGCUCCAGAAACUGACGGAGUAUGAUGAUGAAGGGGCAGAAGGCGUCAGCUCUCAUAUGGAUGAUGAGUACAAAUGGGCUGGAGUGGAAGAUCCUAAAGUCAUGGUCACUACAUCUAGAGACCCCAGUUCCAGACUUAAAAUGUUUGCCAAGGAGGUGAAGCUGAUGUUCCCUGGAGCUCAACGCAUGAACAGAGGAAACCAUGAAAUUUCUGCGCUGGUGCGGGCCUGCAAAGCCAACAACGUUACAGACCUUGUCAUUGUGCACGAAACAAGAGGACAGCCAGAUGGUCUGGUGGUGUGCCAUCUGCCAUUUGGACCUACAGCUUAUUUCACACUUUACAAUGUGGUGAUGAGGCAUGACAUUCCUGAAAUAGGCACCAUGUCUGAGGCCUUCCCCCACCUCAUUUUUCACAACUUCACCUCACAGCUUGGCAAGAGGGUGUCGAAUAUCCUCAAGUAUCUUUUUCCAGUGCCGAAAGACGACAGUAGGCGUGUAAUUACAUUUGCCAACCAAGAGGACUUUAUCUCUUUCAGACAUCACAACUACAAGAAAACAGACCACAAGAACAUAGAGCUGACAGAAGUAGGACCCAGGUUUGAAAUGAAAUUGUACAUGAUCAAACUCGGCACCCUGGAAAAUGAGACCACCGCAGAUGUUGAGUGGCGUCACCACGCAUAUACACACACGGCCAAGAAGAGGAGGUUCCUCAGUGUGUAACAGGAGCCUAUAAAGGAAGUUAAAAUACAGAUGACUGUGGUCAGAAGUCUGAGUUAUCAAAUGUGGAGUUUAUAAAUGCAGAGUGUUGUUUGAGUAUCCUGUCCUGUAUGACUUCAGCUAUCAUCACUAUGUCCAGGGAAUAAAUGAAGCUUCAUAUUACCAGGUCCUCACACUCAUUAUUGUUAUAGUCUUGAUCAUUUGACUUUAUUAUAACUGCUGUUCUAUUUUCUAAUAAACGUGGAUUAUGAUUACC